CACCUCUCUCCACCCGACCUUCCCAAGUUCACCAUGCUCGUCAAGCUCCCCCUCGUCGCCGCUGCCGCCUUUGCGACGGCCGCUACUGCCGCCGCCGUCCCCGCCACGGACGACGUCGCCCUCAUGAAGAAGAACAUCAUCCAGCGCCUCGAGCGCCGCGCCAGCAACGGCAUGGUCAAGCGCAACUCGCUCACGACCGGCGCCGACGACGCGACCAUCCUCAACUUUGCCCUCACCCUCGAGCACCUCGAGAACACGUACUACUCGGAGGCGCUCGCCAAGUUCUCGGCCGCCGACUUCGAGGCCGCCGGCUACACUGGCCUGUACCCGCUCCUCGAGCAGGUCGCCGCCGACGAGGCGUCGCACGUCGGCUUCCUCACCGCCGCGCUCAAGGCCGCCGGCGUCACCCCGGUCGAGGCGUGCAAGUACUCGUUCCCCUACACCGACGUGACGAGCUUCCUCGGCCUCACCCAGGUCAUCGAGGGCGUCGGUGUGUCGGCUUACCUCGGCGCCGCUGGCGACAUCUCGGAGGCCGACUACGUGACGGCCGCCGGCUCGAUCCUCACGGUCGAGGCUCGCCACAACGCCUUCGUGCGCUUCCUCAACAACUACACGCCGUUCCCGGCCGCGUACGACACGCCUCAGUCGGCGACCAACGUCGUGACGAUUGUCACCCCUUUCUUCACGUCGUGCCCCGAGGGCUCGGCCCCGACGAUCAAGGGCAAGUCGGGCCUCAACGUCACGACCACCGAGUUCACCCUCGGCGGUGACCUCCAGGUCACCCCGGCCAACGCCUCGGCCGUCCCUGCCGGCACCACCGUGUACUGCGGCUUUGCCUCGGGCCUGAACGCUGCCUUCACCGCCUGGAACGACGGCACCUGCAAGAUCCCGACCGAGAACAUCACGAUCGGCCAGACGUACGUUGUCGUCACCACCGGCCCGUCGCUCGAGGACAAGUACACCCUCGCCGGCCCGGCCAUCAUCGACACGACCCCGAAGAACUCGUCGGUCACGAUCCCGGCCCCGGCUGGCGCCGCGAGCAUGUCGAUGUCGAUGUCGAGCGCGUCCGCCUCGGGCAGCGCCGCCGCCGCCUCGGCCGCGCCUGCUGGCCUUGCUGCCACCAACGCCGCCGUCUCGGGCAAGCAGAUGGCUGGCGCCGCCGGCCUCUUCGCCGCUCUCGUCGGCGGCCUCGCCGUCCUCCUCUAGAUUUGAGAAGGUCGCCCGCACCCCUCUUUCGCUUUCCCCUCUUCCUCUCUCAGCGUCACCUUUAUCCCCAUUCUCUCGCCUUCGUUUCUCAUCGCAGCUCCCAGUCGAGCGCGGCAGCUGUACAUAGUUACCCCCCGAGUGUGGCAUUCCCUCGAGUUCGCUCUCUUCCCCUCGCCCGUAGAUUCCCCGCCUCGGGCGUUCGAGCAGUUUGCAAAGCCGAUCGCGCACCAAGUAACCUCGUCACGUCUCAUCG